AUGAGCACUCGCACGGAGCGUGACACAUUCGGACCCCUGGAGGUGCCGUCCGACCGGUACUGGGGCGCCCAGACCCAGCGCUCCAUCCAGAACUUCAAGAUUGGGGGCCCCGCAGAACGCAUGCCCGAGCCCGUGGUCCGCGCCUUUGGCGUGCUCAAGCGCGCCGCCGCGCGCGUCAACAUGCAGAUGGGCGUGCUGGAUCGGCGCCAGGGCGAAGCCAUCGUGUCGGCGGCGGGCGAGGUGGCAGAGGGCCGCCUGACCGACCACUUCCCGCUGGUGGUGUGGCAGACGGGGUCCGGGACGCAGAGCAACAUGAACGCCAACGAGGUGAUCGCCAACCGCGCCAUCGAGAUCCUGGGCGGGGAGCUGGGGGACAAGUCACUGGUGCACCCCAACGACCACGUGAACAAGGGCCAGUCCUCCAACGACACCUUCCCCACCGUCAUGCACAUCGCGGGGGUGACGGAGAUCGAGCGCCGCCUGCUGCCCGCGCUGGCGCACCUGCAGUCCGCGCUGGAGGCCAAGCAGGCCGAGUUUGCGCACAUCGUCAAGAUCGGCCGCACCCACACCCAGGACGCGACGCCGCUGACGCUGGGCCAGGAAUUCUCCGGCUACGCGACGCAGGUGGCCUACGGCAUCGAGCGCGUGCGCUCCUCCCUCCCGCGCCUGGCCAUGCUGGCCCAGGGCGGCACCGCCGUCGGCACCGGCCUGAACGCGCGCGUCGGCUUCGCCGAGGCCGUGGCGGCGGCGGUGGCGGAGGACACCGGCCUGCCCUUCGUCACCGCGCCCAACAAGUUUGAGGCCCUGGCCGCGCACGACGCGGUGGUGGAGGCCAGCGGCGCACUCAACACGCUGGCGGUGAGCCUGAUGAAGAUCGCCAACGACGUGCGCUUCCUGGGGUCGGGCCCGCGCUGCGGCCUGGGCGAGCUGAGUCUGCCGGAGAACGAGCCCGGGUCCAGCAUCAUGCCCGGGAAGGUGAACCCCACGCAGUGCGAGGCGCUGACCAUGGUGUGCGCGCAGGUGAUGGGCAACCACGUGGCGGUCACGGUCGGCGGCUCCAACGGCCACUUCGAGCUCAACGUGUUCAAGCCCAUGAUGGCGCGCAACCUGCUGCACUCCGCGCGCCUGCUGGCCGACGCCGCGCGCUCCUUCACCGACAACUGCGUGGGGGGCAUCCGGGCCAACGAGUCGCGCAUCGCGCAGCUUCUGCACGAGUCCCUCAUGCUGGUCACCGCGCUGAACAACCACAUCGGGUACGACAAGGCAGCGGCCAUCGCCAAGAAGGCGCACAAGGACGGCAGUACGCUGAAGCAGGCGGCGCUGGCCCUGGGCCACUGCACCGAGCAGGAGUUUGACGCAUGGGUGAGGCCCGAGGACAUGCUCGCGCCCACGCCCUGA